GCAGCGGGAUCUUAUCGUCCGGGGGCAGCCCCUUCCUGGUCUGGCUCCUCCCCCGGAAAAUGGGCUUUUGAAAAUGCACGCUUGAUUCUCCUCCCUCCCUAUAGAGGUUUGGGCAAAGGACUCUCCAAGCGAGUGGUGCUGAUCUGUGCUGGGGGCCCGGGCAGGAGGAAGCGGUGUGGCUGGAGGGGCCUGGGCAGAAGUUCAGCAUGCAUCUUUAGAUUGCUGGAAUCUGUUCUAGAAUUUUCUGUAGCGUGACACGGUCUCUGUGAGGUGAACCAAGGAUGAAAAUGGAGGAGGGAGACUCUGCAGGCCCCACCUUAGGGGAGGGAUCACAAGGAACCAGAAAAGCCCCUCAUGUUGUCCAGGCUGGAAGUAUUGGGGAAUUCCUGAAAAGUCAACCAGGAGAAGAGAUUAAACAGGAACCAGAUGAGGGUUCGCUUCAGCUGUGGGAAAUCCAAUGGCAAGAGUUCCUGAAGACGGUAGAAUCUCCUCACUCAGGACUGGAAACCCCACAGUCAGCUGAGCAGCCUGCACCAUGGGGUGAUACGAAGGCCUUCCUGGCCUCUUUUGAGCAAGUGGCCAAAGCCUGCCGGUGGCCCAAGGAAGAAUGGGUGACCCGACUCUUGCCAGCUCUGAGCGGAGAAGCCGAGCAGGCCUUCUGCAGGCUGGAGGCCAGAGACAGAGAGGAUUAUGGGAAAGUGAAGGCCGCCAUCUUGCGAGGGGAUGCCAUCAGCAGGGAGAAGCAGCGCCGUUACUUCAGGCAUUUCUGCUACCAUGAGGCUGAGGGACCAAGAGUGGUUUACAGCCGACUCUGGGAACUUUGUCAUGGGUGGCUGAGAGUAGAAAAACACACCAAGGAGCAGAUCUUGGAGCUGCUGAUUCUAGAGCAGUUCCUGACUAUCCUGCCACAGGGAAUGCAGAACUGGGUUGGUGAACACGGCCCAGAGACCUGUGCCCAGGCGGUGGCCCUGGCCGAGGAUUUCCUACUGAGGCAGCAAGAGUCCCAGAGACAGGAAAACCAGGUGGUAUUUGAAGAGACAGCCGGGAGUUCCUCUGAGGCAGGCCAAGCUCCACCUGAUGUCAAGCAGAGGCAGCUCUGUGUGGAAACCAAGCAGGAAGAUGACGAUGACGAUGGCAGCCUAUUUGCAGGCGAGGAGUGGAAAAAGGAGAAUGAGGAGGAACCUUGUGGAAUAUCACCAGAAAGACCCAUGUAUGAAGAGCUGAAAGAGAACAUCUGGAGUGAAGAAAGCUCAAAGAGGCAGGAGGGAAACCACACCGAGAGGAGGGAGAGUGAUACACCUACCCUUUGUCAGGGAGGGGAUUCCCAUGAGCUCCCAAUCCAACCAGAAAGCCCAAUGGAGGGGAGGAAGGCCAACUGCCUUGGGGAUCACUGGAGAGUUUACCCAGAGGAGAAACCAAAUAAAAACUUAACGUAUGGGAAGAGCAUCCAUGAGAGCAGAAAUCUAACUGAAUGUGAAAUUCUCCCUGGAGAGCAGAAAUCGUCUAUCUACUUAGAGUGUGAAGAGAGCCUAAAUCACAGCACAGCUCUUGCAUCUCAUGAGAGUCUCCAAACAGGUGAUAAACUCUACCCAUGCUCAGACUUCACUGAGAGUUUUUGUGAUCAAGGAACCCCCGUGAAGCCCACAAAAAUGCACUCAGGGGGGAAACCAUAUAAAUGUUUGGAAUGUGGCAAGAGCUUUGGCCGGAGCGCCCACCUCACAUCCCAUCAGAUCAUCCACACCGGGGAAAAACCGUACCAGUGCUUGGUGUGCGGAAAGUGCUUCAGCCAAAGUGCUCACCUCGCUUCGCAUCAGAUCAUCCACACGGGAGAGAAACCGUAUCAAUGCUCGGAGUGUGGCAAAAGCUUCAACAAGAGCACAAACUUUUUCAGGCACCAAAGGAUACACAAAGGGGAGAAGCCUCACAGGUGCACAGACUGCAGCAAGACCUUCUCUGAUAAACAGAGCCUGAUCCAGCAUCAAAGAGUCCACACGGGGGAGAAGCCGUACACAUGUUUGGAGUGCGGAAAGAGCUUCAGUCACAGGGGAAGCCUCAGCGCGCAUCAGAGGAUGCACACGGGGGAGAGGCCCUAUACAUGCUCAGACUGUAGCAAGAGCUUCCGUGACCAAUCCAGCCUCAUUAGGCAUAAAAGAAUCCACACGGGGGAGAAACCAUAUACGUGCUCGGAGUGUGGGAAGAGCUUCAGUCAGAGCACGAACCUGACUUUGCAUCAAAGAAUACACACAGAGGGGAAAAUUGCACAGUGCUUGGAAUGUGGCAAGACCUUUAAGCGCAGCACGUAUCUUACUACACACCAAAGAAUCCACACAGGGGAGAAGCCACAUACCUGCUCAGAGUGUAGCAAGGCCUUUUUUGAUAAAUCGGAUCUGAAGAAACAUCAGAGAAUCCACACAGGGGAGAAACCAUAUCAAUGCUCAGUGUGUGGAAAGAGCUUCAGUCACAGUAAAAGCCUGACUUUACACCAAAGAAUCCACACAGGGGAGAAACCAUAUAGCUGCUCAAACUGUGGAAAGGGCUUCUGUGAUCAGUCGAGCCUUGUUAAACACAGGAGAAUCCAUACCGAGGAGAAGCCAUAUAAAUGCUUGGAGUGUGGAAAGAGCUUUAGGCAAAGUAUACACCUUAUAAGACACCAAAGAAUCCACUCAGGGGAGAAACCCUAUAGAUGCUUAGAGUGUGGAAAGAGCUUCAGCGUGAGCAUGAGCCUUACUUCCCAUCAAAGGAUCCACACGGGAGAGAAACCAUAUAAAUGCUCAGUAUGUGGAAAGAGCUUCAAUUACAGGGGAAGUCUCCGUGCACAUCAAAGCAUUCACACGGGGGAGAGGCCAUACAAAUGCUCAGACUGUAGCAAGAGUUAUUGUGAUCACUCAAGUCUUAUUAAGCAUAUGAGGAUUCAUAAAAGUGAGAAACCUUAUCAUUGCUUAGAAUGUGGGGGAAAAUUCAACCACAGCACAAGUCUUACUUCACACCAAAGAAUACACACAGGGGAGAAACCAUAUCGGUGCCCUGUGUGCGGAAAGAGUUUCAGUUACAGGGCCAGCUUUAGUGCGCAUCAAAGAAUUCACACAGGGGAAAGCCUAUACAAAGGCCCAACGCAAGAAGGUUAGUGGUCAUUUGGGCUGUAAUAAAUAUUGGAGACACCACAUAAAUGCUUGUGUGAAAAGAGCUUCACUUUCUUCAUAUCAAAGAAUCAACAUACGAGGGGAAAUUAUCAUAGGAAGCUCUGUAUUGUUGUAGCUCGAGGUAGUUCCACAAAGCAGAACCUUUUCAGUGCUUGCCUCUUAUUUGUGGAACCCUGUGCUGAAGAUUUUUGGGUAGUUUUAAUCUGAUGUUUUAGGACCAAACUAGACGGGACAUAAGAGUUCCAUGAUGAUGGCUUUUUAGCCUACUUUCCAGUUGGCUUAUGAGAUCACCCUGCUUAUGAGAUCAACCAGCAUUCUGUGUGUGUGUCCGUUCGUGUGUGUGCCCAUUUGUGUGUGUGCGUCCCCCACUAUCAACUUUGCAACAACUGUACCAAUAUGAACCAAAUUGGGUACAAUUGUAGGGACACAUAGGGACACAUCAACAGCAUAGUUUGUGAUGCUGUUGUCUAACCUGAUCCAAGAUGGUGGACGCGUAAACUUUUGAGGCACAAGUGGACUAAAUUGUGAACUGCCUAACUGAUUUGAACCAAAUUUUCUAGAGCUGUAGGGACACAUAGGGAUGCCCUAAUGGCAUGGUGUGUGAUGAUGUCAUCCACCCCAAUCCAAGAUGGUGGUUGUGUGAACGUCUGAGAUGCAAGGUGGCUAAUUUGUGGACUGUCUAACCCAAAUCUGAACAAAAUUGGGUACAUUUGCUGUGAGUGACACACAAGGCAUUGUUUGUGAUGAUGUCAUCCACACCGAUUCAAGAUGGCAGGUGUGUAAACUUUUGAGGCGCAAGUGGGCUAACUUGUGAACCGCUUAACCGAUUUGAACCAAAUUUGCUACAGCUGUAGGGACACAUAAGGAUGCCUCAACAGUGUAGAUUGCGAUGAUGUCAUACAAUCCAAUUCAAGAUGAAGUACCCGCAAACCUUUGAGGUGCAAGUGCACUAACUUGUGGACAGUGUAAUCAAUUUGAACCAAAUUUGCUACAGCUGUAUGGACACAAAGGGAUGCCCCAAAGGUGUAGUUUGUGAUUAUGUCAUCCACCCUGAUCCAAGAUGGUGGACGUGUGAACUUUUGAGGCACAGGUGCACUAACUUGAGGACUGUCUAACUGAUUUCAACUAAAUUUGGUACAGUUGUAGUGAGUGACACACAGCGACACCUCAAGAGUAUAGUUUGUAAUGAUGUCAUCCACCCCAAUCCAAGAUGGCGGACGCAUGAACAUUUGAGGUGCAAGAGCUCUAACCUCAGUUUGAAGUGGACCUCAAUUUGAACCAAAUUUAGUCCAGUUGUAGAGACAGUGAAAGGAAAGUAGGCUGAUUAGUUCUUACUAGAACAACUUGGUUUUUCGAAAAGCAGCCUUGGGAGGGCCUGAUUUGGUUGGGGAAAGCCGGGGUUUCUUUCAUCCAAUUUUUAAAUUAGAUAUUUUUUAAACAGUUUUAACCUUUUAAAUUUUAAUUGUUGAAAUCUGUUAAUCUUUUUAUUGGUUGUUUUUAUUGUCUUGUAAACCACCCAGGGAACUUGCAUUUGGGGCGGCAUAAACAUGUGUUAAAUAAAUAAAUAAAUAGAUAAAUAAA